GGGAUUAGGGGUGGGUCUUUCUGCAUGCUGAAUUGUGUUGGUUCAGUACAGGCCUUGUAGUGUUCUUACCUCACCCAGGAGGAUUCAGACAGACCAGCAGGGACUCAGAUUAUACCAUUUUCAGACUCACUCUCCAAUGAUAUAGGCCUGUCUGCAUCUGUACUUCCAAAAUGGUUGUUCCUGAGUCUCAGGACAAAAUGUACUACCCUCUUAAUGACCUGCAGAAGGAUGCUCAUGUGCCUGACUUUAACUCAUAUCUGGCAUUGUACCAAAAGUCUCUGGAGAAUCCAGAAGCUUUCUGGAAAGAGGUUGCUGAUGAGUUCUUCUGGAAGAAGCCUGCAACAGCACCGAUGCUGCAAUACAACUUCGAUGUGACGAAAGGGAGCGUUUAUGUGAAAUACAUGGAGGGAGCCAAAACCAACAUGUGCUAUAAUGUCUUGGACAGACAUGUGAGGGAGGGGAGCCUUGGUGAAAAGGUUGCCUAUUACUGGGAGGGAAACUCACCUGAUCAUCAAAUGGCCAUCACCUACAGCCAGCUGCUGAGCCAUGUCUGCCGCUGUGCUAACGUGCUGAAGCAAAUGGGUGUGAAAAAGGGAGACAGAGUGUCUAUCUACCUACCGAUGAUCCCAGAGCUUGUGUACACAAUGCUGGCCUGUGCCAGGAUAGGUGCUGUUCACUCUAUUGUGUUUGCAGGUUUCUCCUGUGAGUCUCUGUGUGAAAGGAUUGUGGAUGCCCAGAGUAGUGUACUGGUGACAGCAGAUGGUGUUUACAGGGGAGAGAAACUGAUCAACCUGAAGCAGAUUGCAACCGAGGCUCUGGAGAAGUGCCGGGGAAGAGGGUCAGCUAGUGUCACCAAAUGCCUCGUCAUCAAGCACCAUGCACUGAAGACAAAAAGUGGAGGUGCAUGCAACAAACUACAGACCCCCUGGGACUCACAGUGUGAUGUUUGGUGGGAUGAGGCCAUGAGGGACUCCUCUGAGGAGUGUGAGCCUGAGUGGCUGGAUGCAGAGGACCCGCUCUUUAUUCUCUACACCAGCGGCUCCACCGGCAAACCCAAGGGUGUUCUCCACACUGUUGCUGGAUAUCUGCUCUACACGUCGAUGACCUUCAAGUAUGUUUUUGAUCAUCACCACGAUGAUGUGUACUGGUGUACAGCCGACAUUGGCUGGAUCACCGGACACUCCUACAUCACCUACGGUCCACUUGCAAACGGUGCUACGAGCGUCCUAUUUGAAGGUAUCCCUGUUCACCCCCAUGUUGGCCGGUUCUGGGAAGUAAUUGAGAAGUACAAAGUGACCAAGUUUUAUACAGCUCCUACAGCCAUCCGCCUGCUGAUGAAGUAUGGACGAGAGCCACUACAGAAGUAUGACCUCUCCAGCCUGAGAAUUCUGGGUACUGUGGGUGAACCCAUCAACCCAGAGGCGUGGCAGUGGUACUAUGAAGUGGUUGGUCAAAGCAGAUGUCCCAUCGUUGAUACCUUCUGGCAAACAGAAACGGGAGGUCAUGUCUUGACUCCUCUACCUGCUGCUACACCGCUGAAACCAGGCUCUGCUACUUUCCCUUUCUUUGGGGUGGAGCCGACCAUCCUCAACGAGCACGGAGAGGAGCUGGAAGGUGAAGCUGAGGGUUAUCUGGUAUUUAGGAGGCCGUGGCCUGGAAUAAUGCGCACUGUGUUCAAGAACCAUGAGCGCUUCGAAAAUACCUACUUCAAGAAAUUCCCAGGCUUUUAUGUGACUGGAGAUGGCUGCAGGCGAGAUAAGGACGGCUAUUACUGGAUCACAGGGAGAAUAGACGACAUGCUGAAUGUGUCAGGCCACCUGAUGAGCACAGCGGAGGUUGAGGCGGCCUUGACGGAGCACGCGGCUGUGGCGGAGGCUGCGGUGGUGAGUCGACCUCACAAGGUGAAGGGAGAGUCCCUCUACUGCUUUGUCACCCUCAAAGACAGCAGGGAGUUCAGUCACACGCUGGUGGAUGAGCUCAAGAGACUGGUGAGAGAAAAAAUUGGACCAAUCGCUACACCAGACUUCAUCCAGAAUGCCCCAGCGCUCCCAAAAACUCGCUCAGGAAAGAUCAUGAGGCGAAUCCUCAGACAGAUUGCUCGCAACGACAAGGACCUCGGGGACCUCUCCACCCUGGCUGACCCCAAGGUGGUGGAGGUUCUGUUUAGCCAGAGAUAUGAAGCUGCAGCCUGAAGAAGAAGAAGAAAACAAACUCUCUGGCUUCAAACUAUGCUAUUGUACAGAUGAAGACAAUCACAAACUGCUGCCUUUUGGGUGUGAAUGAUGGGAAUGAGAUCACAAAGCAGAGCACAAAAAUACAGCAGACAUUAAAAUGUUCUGAUUUUUUUUUAUGUAUGAGAGAAAACAAAACAUAAUUGAAAAUGUCAAAUUGAAUCCCAGAUGUGCUUUUUAAACAGAUGUAUGAAUGCGGUUGUGUUGAUGGUUUGUGUUUGGGCCAAAAUGUCACACGUACUAGUUCCUGUGAAGAUGUUGAAGGAUGACCUUAAUCCUUAUUUACGCCUUGUUUUCGACUGAUGCAUAUUUCCAACCUGUGGUACAUUUCUAUGAAUAAAGUGCUUAAUCCA